AUGAUCUUCUCAACACUUUCAAAGCAUCUUCCACCCGACGACCAAUGGGAUAAAUUGUUGAAACAGGCGGAUACAACUGGCGCAUUGCUGACGCAUGAUAUGGCCGUGCAGACGCGCAAAUACUCCGACCUUUUCGAGCCAUGGGCUAAACUACACAUUUCACUCGCUGACCACACAUUCUACUCACGGGAAGAUGUUGUGGAGUACCUUCACUGCCAAGCCGACGCUGCUAGCAUGAACCAGUCCCAUGUUCUACACACUAUUCAGCUAUAUGAUGCAUAUAGAUCACUCGUUACGAAUAUGGGGCAAAAGCUUUUUCCUUGGACAGCGCCGUAUUUUCCAGACCAUCUUUCAUUGUAUACCCAAACGAACAACGGGGGACGGGGAAUAGUCUUUACGGCCGGGAAUAACCAAGUGUCCUUCAUAUUAACUUCUAUUAUCACUAUACGGAAGUUAGGAUGUACCUUGCCAAUCGAGGUCAUGUAUCUCGGUGCUUCGGAUUUGAGUCCCAACAUGCGACAGAAGAUUGAGUCCUAUUCUGGUGUUGUAACUCGGAACUUGGAACACAUGAUACAGACUGGGAAUGGAUGGAAACUCGAAGGAUUCGAUAUGAAACCGUUUGCAGUCCUAGUUUCAUCAUUUCGAGAAGUGAUACUAGUCGAUGCAGACGUCGGCUUUCUCAAGAAUCCAGAAUCUUUGUUUCUCGAUUCUGGGUAUGUGGAAACUGGCACGUUGUUCUUCUAUGACCGGGUCCACAGCAAGAACGAUGGUCGUAAUGAUUGGGUGCGAAUAGCGAUGCCAGAGCCCUUCAGUGACAAGGUUGAUAAGAAGUUGAAACUAAGCGAAGAACUUGGUGUAACGAGAGAGGACCAAGAGAGCGGAGUGGUUUUGUUCGACAAGUCGAAGCAUUUCAUACCGCUGUUUCUGAUUGCCUGGCUUAACGGUCCAAACAGACAUGGGAGCCCCGAAGGUAUCUCGACCAAGGGGUUUUAUGAUGUUUUCUAUGGUGACAAGGAUAGUUACUGGUUUGGCAUGGAGCUUGCAGGAAGUUCAGACUACUCCUUCAGUACUGGUCCCUUGGCUUCUACAGGUAAUCUCUCCAAAAUCUUUCAAUACACGGGAGAUCAGAAUACGAAGAACGCUAUAAAGCUUGACGAACAUGCAUACAACUCAUUCCAUGGCAUUGGUAUCCUGAAAGAGGAUCCCCAUCUCGGACGAACUAUCUCUACUUUUGACCGUGACGUGAAAGUGUGCUCUUACCAGAUACUUCAUAUGGACCGCGAUCAGUCUCCCUUAUGGUAUAACGGAUGGAUAUCCGACCAGAAGAAGUCGACGCUACAGAUGGGAAAUGUUUGGGAAUUUGAACAUUAUAUGGUCGAGGGCCAGGUAACCAACGGCAAUAAUCCGUGGAGUUGGCUUGAAGGCUUCAAGGGGUGCCUGGAGGGACGGGAAUUAAUUGGUUUCACCGAUUCAGAGAAGAAAAUUUUCCAGCAGGCGAUAGACGCCGCAAAGGACUUGGGAAUAGUAAAAGUGCCGCCUUAA